ACUGCAUAUUUAGAGAACAUAUCAGAGCCAGAUCAAGGAAGCAAUCAACAACACAUGCUUAGUUGCAAACUUGGUAAGUAUUUACUUCCAUCUCACUGCCUAGCUAUCUUUUUCUUCUGUUUUCUCUCCUUUUCUUUUCUUUUCUUUUCUCUUUUUUGGAUGAUUUUGUAGUAUUUGUUAUGGGACAAGAUGUACAGCUUAUGAUCUGUGCUUGCACCCUUCUCCAGUUAUUGCAUCAUUAUGGUGAAAUCCAUACUCUAUUCCUAAACAAUUAACGGAGUUUGUUAUCUGAUGACAUUGAAGAAGUUAUAUAUGUCAAUUAGAUCGGGGGUUGACGGCACACCAACGGCGUUUAUUGUUUUCUGUUUUACUGUGCAUUUCCUUCGUUGAUUUUCAUUUUCCUUUUGGUCUUGCUAUAUAAAAUCAUCCUAAAGCAGAUCUACAUGAUCUACUGCAUAUUAAGAGAAACUCAGAGCCAUAUCGAGAGGAAGCAAUCAACAACACAUGCUUAGUUACAAACUCUGUAUUGCAUCUUCUUGGUGAAAUCCAUACUCUGCUCCAAAGAGUAUAGAUUUACAUUAAUUAUUUCCAAGUAGUCGGUGAAAUUUGCUAUCUAACAUUGAAGAAGCUAUAUAUCUCAACUAGAUCCACAUGAUGUACUGCAUAUUAAGAGAAUCUCAAAGCCAGAUCGAGAGGAAGCAAUCAACGACACAUGCUUAGUUACAGACUCUGUUAAGUAUUUACUUCCACCUCCCUAUCUACAUAUUGCAUCAUCUUGGUGAAAUCCAUACUCCACUCCAAAGAGUAUAGAUUUACAUUAUUAUUCACAAGCAGUCGGUGGAAUUUGCUAUCUAACAUUGAAGAAGCUUUAUAUUUCAACUAGAUCUACAUGAUCAUCUGCAUGUUAAGAGAAUCUCAGAGGCAGAUCGAGAGGAAGCAAUCAACAACACAUGCUUAGUUAGUUACAAACUCUGUGUACAACGUAUGAUCUGAGCUUGCAUCCUUCUCCAGUGGUAUUGCAUCAUCUUGGUGAAACCCAUACUCUAUUUCAAAGAGUAUAGAUUUACAUUAAUUAUUCUCAAGUAAUCGGUGGAAUUUACUAUCUGACAUUGAAGAAGCUAUAUAUCUCAACUAGGUAGAUCUACAUGAGCUACAGCUACUGCAUACUCAGGGAACAUCUCAAAACCAGAUCAAGAGGAAGCAAUCAACAACACAAGCUUAGUUACAAACUCUAUAUUGCAUCAUCUUGGUGAAAUCCAUACUCUGCUCCAAAAAGUAGAGAUUUACAUUUAUUAUUUCCAAGCAAUCAGUGGAAUUUGCUAUCUGAUAUUGAAGAAGCUGUAUAUCUCACUUCUCAACUUGAUUUUCAACCUGAAAAUAAUUUACCACAGAGUUUUAGCACACAAGACAGCAAGAAGGAGCAAACUUCAGAUUUUCAACCCAAAAAUCAUCAAUCACAAAGUUUCCGCAUACAAGCAAGAAGGAACAAACUCCUAGCUCCAAUCACUAAAGUAAUUUAACUGCCUAAACUUUUCAAUUUCUAGUAAUUAAGGACAAAAGUUUACAAAAACUUACAAUUAAAGACAUUCUUGUUUAACGGUAAUGGGUAAUCUUGGUAAGGGAAAUAGCUCCAAUCUCCCCAGAGAGCGGAUUUUGAGUCUCGACAACCUCAAUGAUGACAUUGGUGGUAUCAGGCAGCUCUGGUGGCCCAGACUUGAGCGUGAUCGUUGCAGAAUCAAAAACCUCAAGCGCUUGCAAUCUCCUUUUCAUCGCGGUAGAGGCUCGAACCAGCUCCUGCAUCGUCCUUGCACUCUUCAACGCCUCCGUUUCGACUUCUAUGAUGUAGUCUUUGGUCUUUUUGUUCCCUCUGACGAUAACGUCGUGGACCCGGAGCUGAACGGGGCCGGUCUGCAUCCGCCGGAACAAAGACUCCAAUUUGAACUUAUGCUCACGGGCUCGUUCCUCCGGGGUUCGGCGUUCAGGCAAGUCCGGCUCGGUAAAAGCGUCAUCGUCGUCGGUUUCUUCUUCGUCCUCGAGGUCGUCAGAGUCGUUCUCUUCUUCUUCUUCUUCUUCUUCAUCAUCAUUGGCACUGAAUGGUUGUUGUUGAUCGGAUUUGGGUUCCGGAUUCGACAUGAGGAGGAGGAGGAGGAGGAGGAGAGAGCGGCGGAGCCGGGAAGGGGAAGCGAGAGUGGGGGUCCAAUCGGGAACGCAAUGCUUGCUGCUACUAUCCUACAAUUUUCGUCGAUUUUUUGGUCCUACUGGUUAUCUACUUAUUUUCCUUUCCCCUUCUUUUAAAGAGUAAAGGCGCAAAUAACAACGUCAACUUUAC